UGGUGUGAGACGAUACCUGCCCUUCUCUCUCCAAUUGGGGAAGAUUAAGCUGUACCAGAGCGGAGCAUUGCUGGUUGUGGAAAUGGACUUUGGUCUUUCUGUGAUGUACAACUGGAACGGAUACCUGGUGAUCAAACUCGCCAGAUCGUUCACUGAGAGGGUCUGCGGGAUGUGUGGCAACAACAACGGCGACUCCACUGAUGACUUUGUGACCCCAAGCGGCUCUCGGGUGAAGAAUGAAAUGGAAUUCGGUUGGAGCUGGAAGGUAGACAACGCAGACCGCUUCUGCCAGGCUGACUGCAACGGCCCAUGCCCGGUUUGCUAUCCGCGCAUGGCCCAACAAUACAAGAGGGGCGGCUCUUGUGAGUUGCUGACCCAAAGCAGUGGUCCCUUUGCAGUGUGCCAGGCGUUGAUUGAUCCAAGCAUUUAUCAACAGAAUUGUAUGUACGACCUGUGUGUGAACAAUGGCAACCAGACUCUUCUCUGCCAGGCUUUGGAGGCCUAUACAGAUGCCUGCCAGAGAGCUGGGAUCAAGCUGCAAGAGUGGCGAGCAAUGGCUGUGUGUCCCAUGAGCUGUCCAGAGAAUAGCAUGUAUGUGUCCUGUGGAUCUGCCUGCCCAGCAACGUUUAGUGACCAAGACGUCUCGUCCAAGUGCCGGCUGCCUUGUGUGGAGACUUGCCAGUGCAACGCUGGGUUUCUUAGAAGUGGUGUUGAAUGUCGUCGUCCCAAAGACGCAAAUGUGUUGUCUUAAAAGCAGAAAAAUCUUGUCAUGAAGUUUAAGAGUGGGAGCUGCAAAAGACAUGCAAGACUGUGUCUUGCUCUUUAAGAAUUAUUCUCAUGUAUCUUUUUUAAAGUUUGUAUGAGAAAUAUAAUAUUCUCCUGCAAGAAACUACUAA